GCAGCAGGAAGCCCUACCUUGCGGAUCCAGCCCGGUCAUCCAUUCAUCCCAUCCCUCUGUCUCGUUGAAAAUUGACUAUUGGAGUCGGCAGAUCCUCCUACAUAUCCCACUUUGCAACUCUUCUAUCAAAUACUUUCUUUUUCCCCUGCUUCCAUGCUUACCAAACCCCUCUUGCUGCUGUUGCCUGGCUGCAAUAAAGAGCCAGUCGCUCUGCUGACCAACAGAAAGUUUGCAAGUAUUUGCUUGUUGCGGCAACGUUUGCGGUGUCAUCAAUGUUGUUAUGAUAUAUCUGCAUAACCCUGUUGCAUUGUUGUCUACCCAAUAUCUCAAGUCAAUUCAUGGCAGCAAGUGGCUGAAUCUCUUGACUACGAUCACGAGAUACGCGUACCUGACUAUGUCGGAGAGAUAUUGGACUCAACUUGCUCAACGAGUGGUGCCUCAUCUUGUAUUUCAAGGCUUGUGCCUCUCGGAGAUAUGGCUUUCAGCUGCUAUUUGUAGAUCCCGGGUUUUCUUAAGCACCUCUUUUGACGAUGACUCUUGGUAUCGAAUUGGCGCUACUCGUCUAUCCAAAGGCGCAAUCCUUUGCCUUGACUGUAUCAAGUUUACUGCUGAGAGUAAAUACUGCAACACUGAAACUAUAUUCCUUCAUGAACUCUUUAAAGCAUUACGUUUUAAUAAUUGUCUACAGCUGACUCCAGACUUAUGCUCAAUCAGUCUGAAAAUUCCGCUCCGUUGCACAAUAACGAUAGCUGAGGAAUCAUCGAUUCCUCACUGCCUCCUUCACUCACUACCUUUCCUUGUACCUGAAAAUACCAAGUAAACAAAACACAUGCACGCCACCGGAAAAGAAAUGACCAUUCACAACCUUUCCAUUUUCAGACUCCGAGAAAUUCAUCAUUGGACAGCUGAGGGUAGUAAUGUUGAAACGCACUUCCACACCGAGAGACGCCUUCAACCCAAACCGUCAUGCGGUCAUACACCACGCAUCUCCAUCGAUUAUCGAAUACGAGGGUAACCUGAUGGCAUAGCCGUAUCGUCCCUGUACAGAAUAGAAUAUUCCUUCUCCUCUACAUGGUCUCUUUCGAGUUACCCUACCUAUCACACGCAUAUUCCACGCAUAUCCAAGUAUAAAAGUACCGACAAUCCCUUCCUCGUUAGUCUUUCUCCUACUCCAACCCCCACACUCACUUUCUUUCCAUUUCAUAUAUACCAUUUCCAAAGUCACUUCACGUGUCCAUCAACCAUCCAACAUGCAUAUCACCCCACUCGCCCUCCUCACCCUCGCUUCGGCAGCCCUUGCCGCCCCACGCGUCGAGACCAGACAAACCACCACCCCACCACCCCACCAAGUGACCGUCUCUGGAAUCACCACUUCAGGAUCGGGAUGUCCUCAGGGGAGUGUAGGGCAGUUUUUGAGUGCGGAUAGGACUGUGUAAAUACCCCCUUCCCUUCUUCCUCUCCCCCUUACCCCCUUUCCCCUUUCUUAAAACACAAAACACAAUCUAACAAUAAUAAAAAUAGCUUCACCCUCAUCUUCGACUCCUACAUCGCCCAAAUCGGACCCGGCAUCGCCGCCGCUGAAUCCAGAAAGUUCUGCCAGAUCAAUUUGAACCUGCAUUAUCCCCAGGGCUUCCAGUAUUCCAUCAUGAAAACCCUGUAUCGCGGGUUUGCGAACCUGGAUAAGGGGGUCACGGGGUCGCAGGAGGCGACUUAUUAUUUUAGUGGUCGUAUGUCAUUCCCCUCAUCCCCCUCUCUCUUACCCCAAUCCAUCUCCCAUCUCCCUUCCCUUAUCCCCCCCAAAGAAAACCCUCCCAAAAACAAAACCUAACACUCCACAGAACCAACACAAGUCUCCACCAAGUCCACCUUCACCGGCCCCCUCCUCCAAGACUACAAAGUGGAAGACGACCUCACGCUCACCUCGACCAUCUGGUCCCCCUGCGGCGCGGACCUGCCUAUUAAUAUCAAGACGAGUGUUAAUCUCGUGGCGAGUGUGAAGGGGGCCCAGGGUGUCCUGACGGAUGAUAGUGUGGAUGGGAAUGUGACGAUGGUUACGGGGGUGAGGUGGAGGAGUUGUUAGGGGGUUUUUUUGUGGGGUUUUUUUGUGGG